CUAAUGUGUUGACACUUGACAGUAUCAUCUCUCCUCCUUAAGACGAUCCGAUUUGUUCCGAGGAAUCCGGCACGAUUCGCGCAAGGUAUCAUGGAUGAUCUAAAUGCUCUGAGACAACUAGCCAAAGAGAGAGUGGACGACAUGAAUAUGCAUGUGGAAACUUUAGUCACAUUUGUGCAGGGGGCUCUCACUAUUCAACAGCUCGACCGCGUCAUUGAGCUUAUGCAUAACUGCUCUGUGAAUGCCGAUUUCAUCCUUAACCAGAAGCCGCCACCGCAGCCAGUUGAGGUAGUGUCCGAUAACAUGGAGGUGGAAUCGGAAUCCACCGACUAAGUUCUUCUCUUUUUUUAUUAUAAUAAUAAUAAUAAAUGUUUGACUGUUGUAAAACUGUAUCUCUCUUCAGACUUUUAUGUGAUUGAAAAUAAAAUCUUAUUAUGUAUAAGAUGUAGUUGAUUAAGACAUUUAUUAUCCGGUUGACAAAAAAAAAGACAUUAAUUA